CAGAAGCAGAGAGCAGCAGCAGCCUGCAACACAUCCUCUCCUCUGUCUGCAAACUUCAGUCAACACUGGCUUUUUAACGGUGGCUUUAGUAGUUUUUUUUUUAGGGUCAUUUCAUGGCUUUGCAAAAUCAGAUAUGUGACUUCAUACAGAAGGAAAGCCAGUUGGGAUGGAUUUCACAUGGAUGAAAUAUUUAUUUUUUGUUAUUACUUUUUUUUUAAUGAUUUAUAAUUUAAGUUGAUGCUUUGUGCAGUUUUAUUUCCUAAAAGUCCACAGAGAUGGAAAACCUGACCAUGGAUAACUCGACCGUGCAGAACGGCACCAACCAGAGCCUGGCCGUGUGGGAGGACUACUCCGUCCAAUACAAGGUGAUCAGCGUGUUCCUGGUGUCCCUCAUCUGCGGAGCGGGCAUCGUGGGCAACGUGAUGGUGAUCCUGGUGGUGCUGACCACCAGGCACAUGCGGACCCCCACCAACAUCUACCUGGUGAGCCUGGCCGCCGCGGACCUGAUGGUGCUGACGGCCGCCGGGCUGCCCAACCUGACGGACGCGCUGCGCGGCCAGUGGGUGUUCGGCUGGGCCGGCUGUCUGGGCAUCACCUACUUCCAGUACCUGGGCAUCAACGCGUCCUCCUGCUCCAUCACCGCCUUCACCGUGGAGCGCUACAUCGCCAUCUGCCACCCGAUCCGGGCGCAGUUCCUGUGCACCCUGUCCCGGGCCAAGAGGAUCAUCCUGCUGGUGUGGAGCGUCACCUCGCUGUACUGCGUCCUGUGGCUGUUCCUGUCCGACACCAGGGAGCUGGUGUUCUCCAACGCCGUGCUGCUCACCUGCGCCUACAAGGUGAGCAGGACUUACUACCUGCCCAUCUACUUCACGGACUUCGCGGUGUUUUACGUGCUGCCGCUGCUGCUGGCCACGGUGCUGUACGGACUGAUCGCCAGGAUACUGUUCCUCAACCCGCUGCCCUCGGACCCCAAGAGCGGCAGCCAGAAGUGGAAGAGGGAGGCGAGUCAGGGGGGGAGGAUGGUGAGCAGCAGCUCCUCCAGCAGCUCCACGGCCGCCUCACGCAGACAGGUGACAAAAAUGCUCGCUGUGGUGGUGGUCCUCUUCGCCUUACUUUGGAUGCCAUACCGAACCUUAGUGGUGGUCAACUCUUUCCUGGACAAAGCCUACCUGGACAACUGGUUCCUGCUCUUCUGCCGUCUCUGCAUCUACUUAAACAGCGCCAUCAACCCGGUGAUCUACAACGUCAUGUCUCAGAAAUUCCGCACCGCUUUCAAGAAACUGUGUCACUGCGGUCCUCAGCGCAUAGAGAAACCCGUGUCCUACAGCGUGGCGCUCACCUACAGCGUCAUCAAGGAGACGUCCAACGGGGAAAGUCCUGACCACUUCACAACGGAGAUGGACGAGCUUCACUCGCCAUCCGACCCAUACCUACCCGCCAGCAUCUUGACGAGUGGCAAAAAGAUGCCAUAUGAGGGGCCCUCCCUGUCUGACAGAGAUGUCAAAGUUUGACUUGAGACAAACUUUGCACCCUUGGUAGUUAUCAGAGAUUCUGACAGUCAAGUUUGAAUUAAAAGUGUCCCAAUAUUUCCAUCUGAGCACGACCACUUGUCAGGAGCCCACUGUGAUGCAUUGAAAUCCGUUGUCAUUUGCUGUUAUAUUUUGCACAAAAUAAGUAAAAAGACUGAUGAUGAAUUCCCUAAAACACAGUUUACUGAAACAUCCACCUCGCAGCGGCUCUCAACUGUGCUUGUGACCGCCGUAGAGAAGAACAGGAGAAAUUAAAGUAGGGAAUCAUGUUCUGUGUAAAUUUGAUCUUUUAUAGAAUAAACUUGCAGUUAGUCAAAAUUUAUUCUACAGUCACUCGACUGAUUAGAUUAAAGCAGCCCGUCCGUCCCUCCACCUUUUCUCCCUCUUCAUUUUCAACAGAGACCGCAAUAAACUCGACCAAACAAUACGUCACAGCCAAAAACGGAAAGUCCCCACAGGAGAUAUUAGGGAAAGGAUGAUGUGUUUAUGUAACGUCUCAGUUCAGUCUGCUGUAAUUAAGUGUUUGUUCUCUCUUAGUGCUCUCUUUGCACCUCUUUCAGCCACAGUAGGCAGAUGUUUACAACAAAAAGCUCUAAACUGCCGUUCUACACUACCUACUCAGAUAGCAGAGAGACUAAAUUCGUAGCUGCUGCAAGUGAACUCAGUGGAGCCUCUACCAUGUACGCGGUCAGAUAUUUCCUGACUGGUUAGAAAAUUGAACACAGGAGUGAGUUUGAGUUUG